GCUGCCCACUUCGAUGUUCCCAACUCAUGAACGAGCCUGCAGUAGUCAGCAUUGCUGAUAUGAAAUGCGUGUCCGCUUGCAUUGACAUUCCAUGGUGAGCCACAUCCGUGCACUCAGUCAUGCGCACGACACCGGCAACAUGCCAGAAGACCAGAUUAUGCAGUCCGAUUCCUCCUCCACCUUCCACAUGGUCGUAUCGUGCUGCGCAAUUUCUUCUCAUGAGCCAUGCUGCUCGUCAAGCAGGACGGCUUCUUGCGCCCUACCGGAGCUGGCAGCCAAUGCGACAUUGGAAACUGCUAGCCUGUGUCAUCCAUUCUGCUCCUGGCCUGGACUUUUAUUGCCAGCAAACCCAAAACGCGCGCUCAGCAUUUGAUUGCGGUACUUUAAGCGAGCGUGGAAGACAAGAAGCCAUCCCUUUGCUUUCACCUCGAAGCUAUUGUCUACGAUCUUUCAGUGCACCUGCGACGGUCGCCGUUUCCAGGACCUCCACGUCUAUUCCACGCCCAUGGCAGACUUGAGUGCUACCGCAUCGACGUCACAAACUAUGAUGCGAGCAAUUCCCAGUACAUCUGCUGCGACCUGGUAUCGGAGGAUGCCACUUACUGUAAAUGGUAACUGCUGAAUGGCGG